AGUAUGAAUGCGCUGAUUCGAUCGGAAUGAACGCCACAUUAACUAUAUCGUUGCUCGCCAGUUAUAUGCUUGUUAUAUAUUCCGAUUCUGUAUCGGCAAAUUAUCUUUACGAGCAAUGCGGUCUUAUGCGAGAAGAGUUUUCAACAUCUUUGGGUCCCUGGACAGCUCUACUGCACACGGAUGGUAGUAUCUUUUGUGCCGGAACGCUGAUAACUGAUGUUUUCAUACUGACUGCAGCGAGCUGUAUUCGACCAAACGCCGUUAAAGUUCGUUUGGGAGAGUUUGGCAGAUAUCCCAAUGAAUUGCCAGAAGAUCAUUUGGUGCACUAUUUUCUGAUGUAUCGGCUUUUCAACAAUGAAUCGCUAGCCAAUAACAUCGGUCUACUGAAAUUAACCAAAAGAGUGCAAAUUACAGACUACAUUAUGCCGGUUUGCAUUGUCCUCAACCCGCAGAAUCAGCAGCUAUCGACUAUGCGAUUCAUCGGAAAUGCCUGGAUGGAAGACAGCAAUGUGUCCUUAACCAAGGAGUUACGACCCAUUGUCAUCCAGAGUAAGCCGAAGAUGUGCACUAACCUUGACUUGUACACCCAGUUUUGUGCUGGCCACCAGGGCAAUUUGAGGUCAUGCGACGGCCUCACCGGCUCGGCACUGAUCCAGAAUUCUAGAUAUAUGAACAAAUAUCGGCAUAUUCAGUUCGGCAUCGCGACUGUGAACGAUAUGGAUUGCGAGGAGUCACAGGGUUAUACCGAUGUGUUGAAAUUCUACUGGUGGAUCCAGGAUGUGGUGUCACUGUUCAAUCAUUAUUCAACAAAUGAGAGCUAUAUUGUAAAUGAUUAUAUUAAGAAAAACUUCUGAGUUCGGGAAAGCGUAUUUACGGAACAGAAACUUCCUAUGAUUUUUUCAUGCUACAAUAAAAUGUAUACUAAAACUAUACUAAAUUGAAUUCU